AUGGCUAGGGUACAGUACUUUGGUAACGACAGCGUUCGAUUAGCAGACUGCUCGUCUAUCUGCUUGCCUGCCUGUCUCGGACCGUUCAGGUCUAUCUGCUUGCCUGCCGGUCACGGACCGUUCAGGUCUAUCUGCUUGCCUGUCUCUGACCGUUUAGGUCUAUAUGCCUGCCUGUCACGGACCGUUCAGGUCUGCCUGCCUGUCUGUCACGGACCGUUCAGGUCUAUCUGCUUGCCUGCCUGUCUCGGACCGUUCAGGUCUAUCUCCUUGCCUGCCUGUCUCGGACCGUUCAGGUCUAUCUCUGCCUGCCUGUCUCGGACCGUUCAGGUCUCAUCUCCUUGCCUGCCUGUCUCGGACCGUUCAGGUCUAUCUCCUUGCCUGCCUGUCUUGGACCGUUCAGGUCUAUCUCCUUGCCUGCCUGUCUCGGACCGUUCAGGUCUAUCUCCUUGCCUGCCUGUCUCGGACCGUUCAGGUCUAUCUCCUUGCCUGCCUGUCUCGGACCGUUCAGGUCUAUCUCCUUGCCUGCCUGUCUCGGACCGUUCAGGUCUAUCUCCUUGCCUGCCUGUCUUGGACCGUUCAGGUCUAUCUCCUGCCUGCCUUAUAGUGUGUGGGGGAGAUGGCCUUUCUGGGGCGAGAUAUCUAUCUAUCUAUCUAUCUAUGAAAACGCAGUUUUUCUUGAACACUUGGGAAUGA